AUGCUGCGCGCAGCUUCAGCAGCCGUGAGCUGCGCGGCACGCCGCUGCGUGCGUAGUCUCAGGCCGUCGGGCUCACGCAUGUUCGCCAUGUCCGGAUCGCAGCAGCUGCGGGCCGGCUUGGGCUCCCCAGACCGGCCCGCCACGGUUCUGGGCACCAUGGAGAUGGGGCGCCGCAUGGACUCGCCCGCCAGCGCCGCGUCCGUACGCGCCUUCCUGGAGCGCGGCCACACGGAGCUGGACACGGCCUUCAUGUACAGCGACGGCCAGUCUGAGAGCAUCCUGGGCGGCAUGGGGCUCGGGCUGGGCGGCGGCGACUGCAGAGUGAAAAUUGCCACAAAGGCCAAUCCUUGGGAUGGGAAGUCACUGAAGCCUGACAGUCUUCAGUCUCAACUGGAGACAUCAUUGAAGCGGCUACAGUGUCCCCAAGUGGACCUUUUCUACUUACACGCACCUGACCAUGGCACUCCUGUGGAAGAGACACUGCGUGCCUGCCACCAGCUGCACCAGGAGGGCAAGUUUGUGGAGCUUGGCCUCUCCAACUAUGCUUCCUGGGAGGUAGCCGAGAUCUGCACCCUCUGCAAGAACAACGGCUGGAUCAUGCCCACCGUGUACCAGGGCAUGUACAACGCCACCACCCGGCAGGUGGAAACCGAGCUCUUUCCCUGCCUCAGGCACUUUGGAUUGCGGUUCUAUGCCUACAACCCCUUGGCUGGGGGCCUGCUGACCGGCAAGUACAAGUAUGAGGACAAGGACAGCAAACAACCUGCAGGCCGCUUCUUUGGGAAUAACUGGGCUGAGACCUACAGGAAUCGCUUCUGGAAGGAGGACCACUUCAAGGCCAUCGCCCUGGUGGAGAUGGCCCUGCAGUCCGCCUAUGACACCAAUAUUCCCAGCAUGACCUCGGCCGCCCUGAGGUGGAUGUACCACCAUUCCCAGCUGCAGGCUGCUCUCGGGGAUGCCGUCAUCCUGGGCAUGUCCAGCCUGGAACAGCUGGAGCAGAACUUGGCUGCAACUGAGGAAGGGCCCCUGGAGCCGGCUGUUGUGGAAGCCUUUAAUCAAGCCUGGCACCUGGUUGCCCAUGAGUGUCCUAACUACUUCCGUUAGGCUCUGACAUGGCUCAAGCUGCCAAAGUCCUUUCUGCCACCUCUUUUACUCUCUCAUUCUGGCCAGUCUUUGCCUUAUGCUGACUUAGCAUAGUCUUUCCUGGUUAUCUCCAUCUGGGCAAUAGUUUUCUAGAUUCUGGCUCUGCUCCUUGUCGUCUUGGAAUGUAGAAAGGUGGGGCCCGCAUCCCAUGCCAGCAUUGCCUGUCUGAAUAAAACAGGCAUCUGACCUGGCUGCAGCCCAGGCCUAGAGUGA